UUGCAGUCAAGUUCAGCAACUGUCUGGGGACCGAGGGGACGCAGUAUGAGACCAGCAGCAUGGACUUCAGAGUCGGGGCAGACGGGACGAUCUUCGCCGCCCGGGAACUGUGGAUCCCCGCUGAGGAGGUGGCCUUCACUGUGACCGCGUGGGACCGCCAGAUGGCGCAGCGAUGGGACGCCCUGGUGCGGCUGCUGGUGGCCCAGACCUCGUCCCCCCGCUCUGGACACAAGAUGCCGCAGAUGCCUCAGAAAGGAAAGAAGACUCCAGCCCUGGACCUCACCCCGCCUCCCAGCGACAUGCUACUGCCGUGGCCCCAGCAUCCACCUUCCAGUGGCCUGGGCCUGCGGAGGCAGAAGCGGGACUGGGUCAUCCCACCCAUCAACGUGCCGGAGAAUUCUCGCGGGCCCUUCCCGCAGCAGCUCGUGCGGAUCCGGUCCGACAAAGACAACGACAUCCCCAUCCGGUACAGCAUCACGGGCGUGGGCGCCGACCAGCCGCCCAUGGAGGUCUUCAGCAUCGACUCCAUGUCCGGCCGCAUGUACGUCACUCGGCCCAUGGACCGGGAGGAGCGGGCCUCCUACCACCUCCGAGCCCACGCCGUGGACAUGAACGGCAACAAGGUGGAGAACCCCAUCGACCUGUACAUCUAUGUCAUCGACAUGAACGACAACCGUCCCGAGUUCCUCAACCAGGUCUACAACGGCUCCGUGGACGAGGGCUCCAAGCCAGGCACUUACGUGAUGACAGUCACGGCCAAUGAUGCCGACGACAGCACCACGGCUAACGGGAUGGUGCGGUACCGGAUCCUGACCCAGACCCCACAGAGCCCGUCCCAGAACAUGUUCACCAUCAACAGCGAGACGGGGGACAUUGUGACCGUGGCCGCCGGCCUGGACCGAGAGAAAGUUCAGCAGUACACAGUCAUUGUUCAGGCCACAGACAUGGAGGGAAACCUCAACUACGGCCUCUCGAACACAGCCACAGCCAUCAUCGCGGUGACAGACGUGAAUGACAACCCGCCAGAAUUCAUCGCGAGCACGUACGCAGGGGAAGUCCCCGAAAACCGGGUGGAGACCGUGGUCGCAAACCUCACGGUGCUGGACCGAGAUCAGCCCAGGUCACCAAACUGGAACGCCGUCUACCGCAUCAUCAGUGGGGACCCCUCGGGGCACUUCACCAUCCGCACGGACCCCGUCACCAACGAGGGCAUGGUCACCGUGGUGAAGGCCGUGGACUAUGAGCUGAACAGAGCAUUCAUGCUGACCGUGAUGGUGUCCAACCAGGCGCCCCUGGCCAGUGGGAUCCAGAUGUCCUUCCAGUCCACAGCGGGGGUGACCAUCUCGGUCAUGGACGUCAACGAGGCCCCCUACUUCCCCUCCAACCACAAGCUCAUCCGCCUGGAGGAGGGCGUGCCCCCGGGCACCGUGCUCACCACGUUUUCGGCGGUGGACCCCGACCGCUUCAUGCAGCAGGCCGUGAGAUACUCAAAGCUGUCAGACCCGGCCAGCUGGCUGCGCAUGAACGCCACCAACGGGCAGGUCACCACGGCGGCCAUCCUGGACCGCGAGUCCCUCUACACCAAAAACAACGUCUACGAGGCCACCUUCCUGGCGGCUGACAACGGGAUCCCCCCAGCCAGUGGCACCGGGACCCUCCAGCUCUACCUCAUCGAUAUCAAUGAUAACGCCCCCGAGCUGCUCCCCAAGGAGGCGCAGAUCUGCGAGAAGCCCGGCCUGGACACCAUCAACAUCACAGCAGCCGACGCCGACAUCGACCCCAACGUUGGCCCCUAUGUCUUUGAGCUGCCCUUCGUCCCCGCCGCUGUGCGGAAGAACUGGACCAUCACCCGCUUAAAUGGCGACUACGCCCAGCUCAGCUUGCGCAUCCUGUACCUGGAGGCGGGAGUGUACGAUGUUCCCAUCAUGGUCACAGACUCUGGGAACCCCCCCCUGUCCAACACGUCCAUCAUCAAAGUCAAGGUGUGCCCAUGCGACGAGAACGGCGACUGCACCACCAUUGGCGCGGUGGUGGCCGCUGGCCUGGGCACAGGUGCCAUCGUGGCCAUCCUCGUCUGCAUCGUCAUCCUGCUGACCAUGGUCCUACUGUUCGUCGGGUGGAUGAAGCGGCGGGAGAAGGAGCGGCACACAAAGCAGCUUCUCAUCGACCCGGAGGACGAUGUGCGUGACAACAUCCUCAAGUACGAUGAGGAAGGCGGCGGCGAGGAAGACCAGGUGAGGCGGCCGUGCGUCCUCGGUCACAGCGGGAGGGGGGCCAUGUCUAGGACAAAGGGGCAUGUAAGGGAGGUGGAGCAGCCUGGGCAGCGGGGUCCCCUGGGGGCCCAUNNNNUAUACCCGGUCAGGCCUGUGGUGCCCCACCCAGGGGACAUCGGAGACUUCAUCACCGAGGGACUUAGAGCGGCAGACAACGACCCCACAGCGCCCCCCUACGACUCCCUGCUGGUCUUCGACUAUGAAGGCAGUGGCUCCACGGCAGGCUCCGUCAGCUCCCUAAACUCAUCCAGCUCCGGGGACCAAGACUACGAUUAUCUGAACGACUGGGGGCCCCGGUUCAAGAAGCUGGCGGACAUGUACGGAGGUGGCGAGGACUGACCGACCUCUCCCCACGGACCAAAGCCGGACCAGCACUCGGAGGGACAGACGGACAGACAGAGGAGCAGGACUGGGGGAGGCCGCUGGUCCUCCCAACUCCCCGCAGACACGUCAUUUAGUGGUGCGCUAGGGGGUCUCCCCGCCCCAGCCCCCCAACAUUGAGCUGUCUGGCAUGAACACUUCUCGCCGCCGCCCAUCACGGGAGCUGACAGUCACUAAAGGAAGCGAGAG